GUUUCCCGACUGUCUUCUCUCUGAGCGUACAGCCUCCUGGUUGGCUAGCUGUGUUUGGAUCAUUAUUCCGAGCCAGAUAGGUGGUGCUCUGUAGCUGGACACAGACACCCAUCGCACAUAAGGGGAGUGAGGCCGGGAGCCAGUCGGGUCAACCUGUACUCGUGGUGGUUGUGGUGGUAGUGAACGCGCACACAUGUAUAGGGAUACAAUUCGUAUAUGUAUGUAGUUGCAUCGGGCGUACGAGUAUACGGCCUGCAGGAUCGGCAGGAGAGUGAAAAGUGGCGGUGUCGGUUCGCUCCUGUAUAUACCUUGCAAAGUAGGUGCUGUCACGGGCGCCGGGCGCCAGCUGGGGAAAGAGAACGUAGCACGCACCGCGUAGCCAAUAAAAAGCUCGACGGCGCGGGUACUCGGCUUCACUAGUUGGUCGGCUGUCACCGGAGAAACCCUCUGCUCGGCUGUCUGUCGUUUUGUUGACGCAUCCUGUAUCGCUGCAAUUUUCCAUUAUUGUCAUUGUCGUGGAAUCGUUGCUCUUGUUUUUUCUCAUCCACAUCUUCACGGAUUCAAUAUGUGCGGAAUAUUCGCAUAUCUGAACUAUCUAACACCCAAGAGCCGCAAGGAGAUCCUGGAGCUCCUGGUUGGCGGGCUCAAGCGCUUGGAAUACAGAGGAUACGACUCCGCGGGAGUUGCCCUUGACUCGCCCAACGGCAAGGACAUUGCCGUCAUCAAGAAGGAGGGAAAAGUUAAGGCUCUCGAGGAGGAAAUCUUUCUGCAGACAAACCUUGAGCUCGAGACGAGCAUAAGCAGCCACGUGGGCAUAGCGCACACCCGAUGGGCGACCCACGGUGUACCCUCAAAAGUCAACUCCCAUCCCCAGCGCUCCGACGUCGAGCACUCCUUCGUGGUCGUCCACAAUGGUAUCCUCACCAAUUACAAGGACAUCAAGAUCCUCCUGGAGCACCGCGGCUACGCCUUCGAGAGCGACACCGACACCGAAAUCAUAGCCAAAUUGAUCCACCACCUGUGGGUGCAGCACCCAAACUACUCGUUCAGGGAGCUCGUCGAGCAAGUCGUCCAGCAGCUCGAAGGCGCGUUUGCCCUGUGCUUCAAGAGUAAGCACUUCCCGGCCGAGUGCGUGGCCACGAGGCGAGGCUCGCCCCUGCUCGUCGGCAUCAAAACCAAGACCCGCUUGGCUACCGACCAUGUGCCCAUACUCUACGGCAAAGAUGAUCUUCAACUCAAAGUUAAAGAAACCGAACCAGCAUCUCAAGAUCAUCGCCCGCACCGGCGCAACGGGGAGUACCCGAUAAUACCCCGCAGCGAGAGCACCUCCGAGUUCCAGCCGCUCGAGGACAAGGAGGUCGAGUACUUUUUCGCGUCCGACGCCAGUGCCGUGAUCGAGCACACCAACCGGGUCAUCUUCCUCGAGGACGACGACGUGGCUGCGGUCAAGGACGGGGCCCUGAGCAUCCACAGGCUGAGGCGUUGCAACGAUGACGCCCACGCUCGCGAGAUCCACACCCUCAAGAUGGAAAUCCAGCAGAUAAUGAAGGGCAACUACGAGUACUUCAUGCAGAAGGAGAUAUUCGAGCAGCCCGAGUCGGUGGUCAACACCAUGAGGGGCCGGCUCAACUUUACCGACAAAUCCGUCAUCCUCGGUGGCAUCAAGGAUUACAUUCCGGAGAUCAAGAGAUGCAGGCGGCUGAUGCUCAUUGGCUGCGGGACGAGUUACCACUCGGCCAUCGCGACGAGACAGCUGCUGGAAGAGCUCACCGAGUUACCGGUCAUGGUCGAGCUGGCCUCGGACUUCCUCGACAGAAACACCCCGGUGUUCCGCGACGACGUUUGCUUCUUCAUUUCUCAAUCAGGAGAGACGGCGGAUACCCAGAUGGCACUUAGAUACUGUAAGGGCCGAGGGGCCUUAAUCGUGGGGAUAACAAACACCGUGGGCAGUAGCAUUUGUCGCGAGUCGCAUUGCGGGGUGCACAUAAACGCCGGUCCGGAAAUUGGUGUCGCCAGUACCAAGGCCUACACGUCGCAGUUCAUAUCCCUAGUCAUGUUUGCGCUGGUCAUGAGCGAGGACAGAAUAUCCCUGAGAAACAGGCGUUUGGAGAUAAUCAAAGGCCUUGAGAACCUUGACAAUCAAAUUCGCCAAGUCUUGAAGCUCGAUGACAAAGUCAAAGAAUUAGCCAAGUCGCUGUUCCAACACAAAUCUCUCCUGAUAAUGGGCAGAGGAUACAAUUUCGCCACUUGCAUGGAGGGAGCUCUCAAAGUCAAGGAGUUGACUUACAUGCACAGCGAAGGGAUCAUGGCAGGUGAACUGAAGCACGGACCAUUGGCCCUCGUCGACGACUCGAUGCCCGUCAUUAUGAUCGUCAUGAGGGACCCCGUUUACGUUAAAUGCAUGAACGCUCUUCAACAAGUCACGGCUCGCGAUGGCCGGCCAAUCGUCAUUUGCGAGGAGGGGGACGACGAGACCAAGUCUUUCUCCGCCAAAGUCCUGGAAGUCCCGAAAACCGUGGACUGCCUCCAAGGCAUUUUAACCGUCAUCCCCAUGCAACUGCUCUCCUUCCACAUAGCCGUGCUUCGUGGUUGCAACGUCGAUUGUCCGCGGAAUCUAGCGAAAUCCGUCACCGUUGAGUAAAAAUGCAAAUGGUGCGGAUUUCAUUUUUUUUUUUUUUUCUUUUCCAUAGUUUGCUAAAAAGGUCACAGCUCUCGGUGCUCUUUUUUGUAAAUAAAAUUUUUGAUCGGAAGCUGCAGUUCAGAUGUAGAGUUUACAAACAUUCAAACGACACAUUUUUUACAAUAUUUCUUAGAUCUAUAUGGAGUAAGAUGCUUUAUUAUUAUUAUUAUUAUUAUUAUUAUUUUCAGUUAAAUUAUACAAGAAUUUUUAUAAAAAAAGUAACUUUCAUUUUUCGUAAGUGAUUUUCAUUCGUAAAGGUGUAUAUGUUAGCGUACAGACACUAUGUUAUUACUAUUAUUUUUAUCAACGUCGUGCAUUUUUUGUUCAUUCCUUACACAUAUAAGCUUUUGUAAAAAAAAGAACCUUGGUUUUUUCUGCGAUAAAGGCGUUUAUUAAUAAUAAUAAACAAAAAAAAAAAAAAACGAUCUUUUUUUCAAAGAUCCAUUCCCUUUCGAUACUAGAAACUUAAAAAUAACUUGUACCCUUAGAUGGAUACAACUGUCAAUUAGCGUUAUAUUUAAAAAUUUUUGUUUUUUUUUUAGAAAUUGUAAAUAGACAUGUAAUGCACACUUGAGUGUUUAUAUUAUACAUUUUUUACAGAAUAAAUGUCGUAAUGAAUC